UCCUCUUUUUACUUCUUUACUUCCCAUCAGGAGAGAGGGCUCCAUUCAGCCUCAGUUUUUAGUGCAUUUCAACUACUGUCCUUUCACCUCCAUCCUCUCACCAUCCUCACCCUGGGAACAUCAAGAGCUACACAGGAUGCAGCAUUUGGCACCUGAACAGGGACCCAGAGAACAAGGAAACAUAUCCAAUAACAGGUGAUCUUGGAUCUUGGUCUGUUUUCUUCUUUAUACGAGGGUUAGCAUUACCACUUAUCCUGACUCAGGAAUCCAACUCAGGACCUUGCACUUGCCAGUUGAUCUACUGACUUCACAAUGUCUGAAAUAAGAUUCAGCAAUCUCUCUUCGGAUCAAGUGAUGAUACUGGAUCACGUGUUAGAUGAAGUAGUUCCAAUUCAUGGAAGGGGAAAUUUCCCCACACUGGAGGUAAAACCAAAAGAUAUCAUUCAUGUUGUGAAAGAGAAACUCAUAGGGCAAGGGAUUACUAUUAGAGAUACCCGAUUGAAUGGUUCCACAGCAAGUUAUGUGCUUGCAAACCGUAAUGGAAUCACCUAUAAGGAUCUGGACAUUAUUUUUGGAGUUGUAAUUCCAAGUGAUGAAGAAUUUCAGGUUAUUAAGGACACAGUUCUAAGCUGCCUACUUGACUUUUUACCAAAAGGUGUAAAAAAGGAAAAGAUUACCCUAAACACUAUGAAAGAUGCUUAUGUUCAGAAGAUGGUUAAAAUUUGCAAUGAACAUGAUCGCUGGAGUCUCAUCUCUCUUUCAAAUAACACUGGGAAGAAUGUAGAGCUAAAAUUUGUGCAUUCACUCAGACGACAGUUUGAAUUUAGCGUGGACUCCUUUCAAAUUAUUUUGGAUCCCAUGUUAGAUUUCUACUAUGUCAAAAAUGUGAAGUUGACCAAAGAAUCCUGUCCUGUUUUGGUAGCUGAAAGCAUGUAUGGUAAUUUCCAAGAAGCAAUGAUUCACUUAAAAUACAAGCUUAUAUCGACCAGGAAACCUGAACAAAUUAGAGGUGGUGGUCUUCUGAAGUAUUGCAACUUGCUGGUUCGUGAUUUUAAGCCAGCCUGUGAGACAGAAAUCAAGAUUUUAGAACGUUAUAUGUGUUCUAGAUUCUUCAUUGAUUUUCCUGAUGUAGACGAACAGCAAAAAAAAAUUGAAUCAUACUUACUUAACCAUUUCAUAGGAGAAGAAAAUAGCAAGUAUAACUACCUUAUGACUUUGCAUCGUGUUAUAAAUGAAAGCACUGUUUGCCUCAUGGAGCAUGAAAAAAGACAGACUCUCCACAUGGUCACUCUUUUGGGUUUAAAAGUACUUGGAGAACAGAAUGUUCUACCCAGUACAGAAAAUGUAACAUGCUUUUAUCAACCUGCUCCAUACUUCGUUGCUGAAGGAGGAUACCCUACUUAUAAUGUAACAGCUGGACCACCACCUGUUUUCUUCCAGCCAUAUCAUGCAUUCCCCUUUCAUAUUCCAAGUGAUGAUUUAAGAAACCCAUGUCCAGAAACAAGGAACACACAUCCAACAGGAACACCGCCUAAUUAAACAUCCUUAAAGGCAAGUUUCCCAAUUCUAUAAAAUUCAUUAUCUAUUUUUAGUUUUUGCCAUUAAAAAGUAUUUUCCAUCAAUUAUAGCUUAAACCAUAAGAGUAAAUACAUUAUCUUCUGUGAACUGACAACUUUAAAUGACGUCCAAAUGUUACUGACAAGUUAUAAUAAUUUUCAAAAAUUGAGAAACACUUAAAUUGACACAGUUCUUGCUUAAUACUUAGGACUUUCAAAUUUGUUAUGAAAAAUACAGAUGCCUAUAUCUUUGACUAAAAUUAAAACAAGUCUUAAAAUCCAGAAAUACAAUGAAGACAAGUGCCAGCAUUUUUAUUUAAUCAAUCUUUUUGCUAAAUU